AUGGAAGUGGGCAAUGUUUUGAAUCAGUGUCAGACUGAACAAGAAGAGAAGGAGAAGGAGAAGGAGAAGGCGAAGGAGAAGGCGAAGGAGAAGAAGAUGUUGUGGGUGGAUAAGUAUCGUCCCAAAGCCCUAGAUAAGGUUCUUGUACACCAGGAUAUAGCCCAAAAUCUCAAGAAAUUGGUGACAGAGCAAGAUUGUCCGCAUUUGCUGUUCUAUGGGCCGUCUGGCUCGGGUAAGAAAACCCUAAUAAUGGCCCUUCUCAGACAAAUUUAUGGUGCCAGCGCUGAUAAGGUGAAAGUGGAAAACAAGAACUGGAAAGUUGACGCUGGGAGUAGAACAAUUGAUGUAGAACUCACAACUUUGUCAAGCACGCACCAUGUUGAGCUGAGCCCUAGUGAUGCAGGAUUUCAAGACCGCUAUGUGGUGCAAGAGAUAAUCAAGGAAAUGGCAAAAAACCGACCAAUUGACACUAAGGGAAAGAAGGGAUUUAAAGUUCUGGUGCUGAACGAGGUUGACAAACUCUCGAGGGAAGCCCAGCACUCCCUCCGAAGGACAAUGGAGAAAUACAGUUCAUCUUGUCGACUCAUUCUAUGCUGCAACAGCUCCUCCAAAGUUACUGAAGCCAUUCGCUCUCGUUGUCUGAAUAUGAGAAUUAAUGCGCCAACAUAUGGAGAGAUUGUGAAGGUGUUGGAAUUCAUCGGCAAGAAAGAAGGGUUACAGCUUCCAUUUGGAUUUGCUGAUCGAAUUGCUCAGCUAUCUAAUCGGAGCCUGAGAAGGGCAAUAUUGUCACUUGAAACUUGUCGCGUCCAACAGUACCCUUUCACUACCAAUCAACCGAUACCCCCAAUUGAUUGGGAGGAAUAUGUUUCUGAAAUAGCAUCGAGUAUACUUAAAGAGCAGAGUCCUAAAAGGUUGUUUGAGGUGAGGGGAAAGCUUUAUGAGCUACUUGUCAAUUGCAUUCCUCCGGAAAUCAUUUUAAAGAGGCUGCUCUAUGAACUGUUAAAGAAAUUAGAUUCUGAGCUCAAGCAUGAGAUCUCUCAUUGGGCUGCAUAUUACGAACAUAGGUUACGUCUUGGGCAGAAAGCAAUAUUUCACCUCGAAGCAUUUGUGGCCAAGUUCAUGAGUGUCUACAAAGGUUUCCUCAUCGAGACAUUUGGCUGAAUUGUCCGUGGAAAUACAAAUGGAGGGAUUAUUAAUUUAUUACUAUGCUUCCGAAUCUAUUCUGUUUGAGUUUGUCUAAUUUUGUUGUCACCUUUCUCAAUACGGGCUUCUAAAAUUUUUUAUUUUGAGAGAAUGCAGGUGAAUUUUUAAUCUUUAUAUGUGAAGUGUGAAAACCAAAUUAUUGGAUGCACUCAUCAUAAUCAUAGCAAACACAUCACAAAUGCUAAUCCUUUUCAAAAUGAUCUGCCUAAUAUCACUUGGGAACAAGGAGACUUGUAUUACGAACAAAGAUUUCGUAAAAUAAAAAUUAAAUAAAUCAAGGGCAUAUUUGAAUCUGUUAAAUUAAAAAGAGAGUAUGUGGAGUGUUCU